AUGAUUAAAAAACUUACAUACAUCAGUGAUAUUCAGUGUACGGUAUUGGAGGUUAAAGUGAUAGAAGACCUUGGAACAACCAUUGAUGUGGUUUUGGUUAAUGGUGUGCUUCAUGAAGGAGAUGAAAUUGUUGUUUGUGGCUUUCAGGGGUCAAUUCAUAAAACAAUCCGAUCAUUGUUGACUCCUCACCUAAUGAAGGAACUCCGAGUAAAGGGAGCUUACAUUCAUCAUAAAGAAAUCAAAGUUGCACAAGGGAUUGAUUUACUUACUUCGUUUCAUAGACCCUUCUCUUUUACUGUCCCAUGUGGAAGAUUUGCCAAAUAG